GCUCACGUGACACAGCUCCUGGAGGCGGAGUUCCACGGCCAAGAUGGCGGCCUACCUGCAGUGGCGGCGCUUCGUUUUCUUCGACAAGGAACUGGUGAAGGAGCCCGUGGGCAAUGAUGGGGCGGCUCCCGGGGCCGCGCCUACCGCCGGAUCCGCUGCUUCCAAGUUCCUUUGCCUCCCUCCUGGCAUCACGGUUUGCGACUCAGGCCGAGGGAGCCUGGUCUUUGGAGAUAUCCUUCCUCCGGAGCUGUUUGCUCUGCCGGUCGCUGAAGAGAUCCAGCUAGGAUGGAACCUGUCAGAGUGGAAGCACCUUGACUGCCCUGCACAUAUGGAAGGCCAGAUCUGGUUCUUGCCACGUUCCCUCCAGCUUACAGGCUUCCAGGCCUACAAACUGCGGGUGACUCACCUGUACCAGCUGAAGCAGCACAACAUCCUAGCAUCUGUUGGUGAGGAUGAAGAGGGUAUCAACCCGCUGGUAAAGAUCUGGAACCUGGAGAAAAGAGAUGGUGGCAACCCACUCUGUACUCGAAUCUUUCCUGCCAUCCCAGGAACAGAGCCAACUGUUGUGUCUUGUUUGACGGUCCAUGAAAAUCUCAACUUUAUGGCCAUCGGUUUCACUGAUGGCAGUGUGACAUUGAACAAGGGAGACAUCACCCGGGACCGGCAUAGCAAGACCCAGAUCUUGCACAAGGGCAACUAUCCCGUUACUGGACUGGCCUUUCGCCAAGCAGGAAAGACCACCCACUUGUUUGUGGUGACAACAGAGAAUGUCCAGUCCUAUAUAGUGUCCGGGAAGGACUACCCCCGUGUGGAGUUGGACACCCACGGCUGUGGCCUGCGCUGCUCAGCCCUGAGCGACCCUUCUCAGGACCUGCAGUUCAUUGUGGCCGGAGACGACUGUGUCUACUUGUACCAGCCUGAUGAACGUGGGCCCUGCUUCGCCUUUGAGGGCCAUAAGCUCAUCGCCCACUGGUUUCGAGGCUACCUCGUCAUCGUCUCUCGUGAUCGGAAGGUUUCCCCCAAGUCAGAGUUUACCAGCCAGGACUCGCAGAGCUCCGAUAAGCAGAUUCUCAACAUCUAUGACCUGUGCAACAAGUUCAUAGCCUAUAGCGCUGUCUUUGAGGAUGUAGUGGAUGUGCUUGCUGAAUGGGGCUCCCUGUACGUGCUGACGAGGGAUGGGCGGGUCCACGCACUGCAGGAGAAGGACACACAGACCAAACUGGAGAUGCUGUUCAAGAAGAACCUAUUUGAGAUGGCAAUUAACCUGGCCAAGAGCCAGCAUCUGGACAGUGACGGGCUGGCCCAGAUCUUCAUGCAGUAUGGAGACCAUCUCUACAGCAAGGGCAACCAUGACGGCGCUGUCCAGCAGUACAUCCGAACCAUUGGGAAGCUGGAGCCAUCCUAUGUGAUCCGCAAGUUUCUGGAUGCACAGCGCAUCCACAACCUGACCGCCUACCUGCAGACCCUGCACCGCCAGUCUCUGGCCAAUGCCGACCAUACCACCCUGCUCCUCAACUGCUAUACCAAGCUGAAGGACAGCUCAAAGCUGGAGGAGUUCAUCAAGACAAAGAGCGAGAGUGAAGUCCAUUUUGACGUGGAGACGGCCAUCAAGGUCCUCCGGCAGGCUGGCUACUACUCCCACGCCCUCUACCUGGCUGAGAACCACGCGCAUCACGAGUGGUACUUGAAGAUCCAGCUCGAGGACAUUAAGAAUUACCAGGAAGCUCUUCAGUACAUCGGCAAGCUGCCUUUCGAGCAGGCCGAAAGCAACAUGAAGCGCUACGGGAAGACCCUCAUGCACCACACCCCAGAGCAGACGACCCAGUUGCUGAAGGGACUCUGCACCGACUACCGGCCCAGCACGGGAGGCCGAGGCGACAGGGAGGCUCCAGUCUGCAGGGCCAACUCGGAAGAGUUCAUCCCCAUCUUUGCCAACAACCCGCGAGAGCUGAAAGCCUUCUUGGAGCAUAUGAGCGAGGUGCAGCCAGACUCCCCCCAGGGCGUCUACGACACACUCCUCGAGCUGCGCCUGCAGAACUGGGCCCAUGAGAAGGAGCCCCAGGUCAAAGAGAAGCUUCACGCAGAGGCCAUCUCCCUGCUGAAGAGCGGCCGCUUCUGUGAUGUCUUUGACAAGGCCCUGGUCCUGUGCCAGAUGCACGACUUCCAGGACGGGGUCCUUUACCUCUAUGAGCAGGGCAAGCUGUUCCAGCAGAUAAUGCACUACCACAUGCAGCAUGAGCAGUACCGGCAGGUGAUCGCCGUGUGUGAGCGCCAUGGCGAGCAGGACCCCUCCCUCUGGGAACAGGCCCUCAGCUACUUCGCCCGCAAGGAGGAGGACUGCAAGGAGUACGUGGCGGCCGUGCUCAAGCACAUCGAGACCAGGAACCUCAUGCCUCCCCUUCUAGUGGUGCAGACCCUGGCCCACAACUCCACGGCUACUCUGUCUGUCAUCCGGGACUACCUGGUCCAAAAACUGCAGAAGCAGAGCCAGCAGAUCGCACAGGAUGAGCUGCGGGUGCGGAGGUACCGAGAGGAGACCACUCGCAUCCGCCAGGAGAUCCAGGAACUCAAGGCAAGUCCGAAGAUUUUCCAGAAGACCAAGUGCAGCAUCUGCAACAGUGCCUUGGAGCUGCCCUCGGUGCACUUCCUGUGUGGCCACUCCUUCCACCAGCACUGCUUUGAGAGUUACUCCGAAAGUGAUGCCGACUGCCCCACCUGCCUCCCGGAAAACCGGAAGGUCAUGGAUAUGAUUCGGGCCCAGGAACAGAAACGAGAUCUCCACGAUCAGUUCCAGCACCAGCUCAAGUGCUCCAAUGACAGCUUCUCCGUGAUUGCCGACUACUUUGGCAGAGGGGUUUUCAACAAACUGACUCUGCUGACCGACCCGCCCACAGCCAGACUGCCCCCCAGCCUGGAGGCGGGGCUGCAGCGGGACCUGCUGAUGCACUCCAGGAGGGGCACUUAAGCAGCUCGUGAGAAAGCGGUGACCGCGGAGGCCCAGCGGACCAACGGGCGACUGAGGCGGCCGCGCGGAGGGCUGGGCGGCCGUGCCCACAGCUCAGGAGCCCGGGGGCCUUCUUCUCCUGCCUCCUCCUGCAGGGCCCCUCCCUCCUGCUGAUGAGCAGCUAGAGCAUUCAGACCAGCGGGGGCGGGCACCUCGGCAACCUCUGCGUGUGGACAAUAGCAGCUUUAUUCUGCACCCAAGAGCACCAGGCUGUGCUUGGGUCCUUACUAUAAAUAAACGAAUAUCAUGAUUUGGGGGGUGGAGGAUUUCUUC